AAAUUUAUAAAAAGAAAACACCAGCGCGUACCAAAUACUAAUUGACUUCAUCGACGAAAUUGAGGCGGCCGGCCAAAUAAUCCCACGCUACUCACGGGUAAACCCUAAAAAAAUAAAAAGAAAUGUCGCUGAUCAGCGCCUUUGCCAGAUUAGGUUUACAGAGAGGCGGCGUAGCCGGCCCCGCCGUUGCACGUUGCCUACAUACAACACCUGUGCUCUGUGCCGAGCCGCUGAAGAAAAAGAAGAAGCUGGACCCACAGGUUGUCAAGCAGAGGGAGGACCGCAGGAAAAAGAAGAUUGAGAAGCAGAUUCGGCGGCUCGAGAAGAAUGCCCGCCAGCUGAAGCCGGUGGAGGAGCUGGAGGUUCCACUGGAGCUCAUUGACGAAAAGGACAAACGGCAGCGAAAAUUGACGCCCCUGGGCAGUGCAGAACUGGAGGAGCGUGCUCUGCUGAAGAAACAAUGGGCCCGCUACAAGCACGACGAGAGAGUGUCCGACUUCCAAAUCAUUGACCGCCUGGUGAUGUCACAGAACAAAGCUCUGGAAGAGCUUCGCCGCGAGUCCGAGGAGCUGUAUCAGGCAGCCAUCGAAGUCGACUUGCAGCUGCUGCCAGUAUCGCUCAAAGGCCCCGUCGCCAGCCCACCCAUCAAGAACUAUGCGAGUCCCGAUGGCGACUACAUACACCAGUCUAUGAAGUGGGAAUGAGUCCCAUUCCGUCCCACAGCUGAGUGUGCAUGUUAGGUCAAAGAUUGUUGCUUACAUCAGAAAUAAAAAGAAUAGUUAAUUAAUCA